AUGAAGUCUCUGCGAAUCCAAGAAAGACAGGUGACUGUAGCUUCCUAUCAGCAACGUUGGUUGUACGUCUACUCCGGAAUUAAAAGACAGCAAAUAUUUUCAUUCCAAGAUGAUGUGGUUGAUUUCUGCUUGGAUGAGGGAGAAGAUGCUUCCUGGUUGUUAUGGGCUGUUAGUCAAAGAGGAUGUGUAUAUCGAAUAACUGAAAAAAAUUUCACUCCUCAAAGGGCCUCUGAAGCUUGUGCCAGUAACUCCCAGGUAAACAAUGCCAUCUUUGAGGAAUUUUUCCAAGACAUCCCUGAUACGUCUUUUUCUUCUAACACUGAGUCAUCAAGCCACAUCUCAACAAAAGAUGCCAUUUUUGAAGUGGGUCUCAAAGUGAUGCAGAAGACAGUCCUCAAAGAUGGGCCAACCAAGGCCUGUUGUGUUGGAGAUGGUGUUUCACAGUUCUUUUAUGCAACCCGCAAAAACAUUAUAAAAGUGGAAGUCAGUUAUGGCGAUAGACUGGAAGUCUCUGAGCAGGUAUGCAGGAAGCUUGCAAGAAUCAAAAACAUGGCCUCAGUUGCUAUAGAAGAUGAAACUUUUCUGUUGUGUCAAUCAGAAAAUGGGCGAUUUUAUUCCCUUCCCAAGUCAAAUGAUGGAUUUGGUACCAAUGAGCCAGUUGUCUCUCCAAAGAACACAAUUCCAGAUCUUCUGGCCAAAGUGGAUAACAUCACUAGAAAAAUGGACCAGAUCAACCCUAACAUUAAAUGUCAGUCAAAUAUUCUGUCACAGUUGGCUCUAGCCAGCCAUCUUUACUUAAAUACUCCUGCUUCCGUGAAUGUCAACCAACAUCUGCAAAGUUCUGUCACUGUUAAGUGCAUUAAUGGAUUCACUACCCUCUGUUUUCAGGUGACAAGCUCCAAGAUUGUUCUUUCUUCUGAUUGGUCAUUGCUUGUUGAAACUUGCCAAAUUUCCCCUGCAAACUCACUGAAGGGGGAAGUUGGUUUGUGCCCAGAAAACAAACACUUCCCUCCACUGUCUUCAGUUAUUGAUACUAUAGCCCGAAAGAGGCCAGUGUAUUCGGCAUUUGAAGAUACACCGAUGCUUGUCACAGGAAAUUUGCAGGAAAAGCAUAUGUACAAAAUUUUGAUUCCAGAUUAUUUAUCGGCAAUUCUCUUUGAUCAUACAUGUCACGAUGUUACACACAGGUCCUGUCUUUUAAAAUACUUGUUAUGCGAAAUGAAGAUUUCUGGUGGCCAAGAAAUCUCUGGGACAUCUGUGAUUCUUGAUACAACUGACUGGGGAGAAGUAACAAUAGGAAUCCAAAAAAGCAGUAAUGAAACCAAGCAGUACUUCAUGGAAAUUCACACCGGAAAUACUGGCUCUCUGGUUGAAAUGGUACUUGGAGUGAUGAAGCGUAUCAAGAGGUUACUUCCUGCAGGAUUGGUCAAAGCUCUUGACAUUUCCAAGUUUAUUACUGAAAUACAGAAAGCAAAAGAAAAUCUCCGAUCAAUUGAAGAGAACAUAAAGGACAACAAAGACCACAACAUUGAAAAAGUGAUGAACAGUCUUCUUUAUUUGUUCCUUGAUAUUCACAACAUUGACUAUCAGCUCAGCUGUCAAUUGCAUGUCUAG